UAACUCUAGUAUCUCUUUGUUUUUAUUUUUUUAUUUUUUCGGUGAGCAGGCCUUUCGUUACAAUUUAUUGGCUUAAAAGUAGUAAUUCCAAAGAAGAGAUUCGUACGCAAACAUCGUUUUUUUAAAUAUUUCUUGGUAGUAGCCUAUGCUGAUUAGGGAGACAGGGAUAUCCAGUCUUACUUUGCUGGAGCCCAAGGGGACAAAGUUCAACCUAGCUAGUUUAGGGCACAGCGCCCUAAGUUAGGUUAGGAAGGUAAGGUCUGAUGAGGCCAGGACACAGUAUUCUAGGAAAGGUUUUGAUAUCUCAUGCAUGCCCCUGUCUCCCUACUCUGCAUCCACUCUGAUAAUAUGUAGCCUACGUGUAUCCUAGUUUGCAUACAGUCACGAGUCGUCGUUGGUCAGAGAAGGAGCUAAAGACCUCUACUCUCCUUUCGAAGUUUCUGACUUAACAAAGAUAAAGCUAACAUGGAAGAAGGUCCCCCGAGGAAGCAAGCUCGUCUAGAGUCAGACACAGAAGAUGGGAGGUCCAAUAGUGGAGAUACAACGCAGAGUCUGGAACAUGAUGAACAGUGUCCAUUCCCAUGGACUGGGUCAAAAAGUACUGGAACUAGGGCAUCUGGUGGAAAUAGUGUCAUGACUGAUGAAAGGUAUGCAGAUUUCCAGCUACUAGAUGAAGUACAUGAGGAUGACAAUGAUGAUGAUGAUGAUAACGAUGCGGAUGGUCAGGAUACUGAAGAUGAUUAUGACUAUGAUUCAGAAGUGCCUGAGGAAGAGAUUGAUGCACUUCUUGAAGAGGGACUUCCAGAAGAGAUGAAAGGACCUAGGAAAAGGAAGAGAGAUGCCAUUAUUGGUGAAGGAGAGGAAGCCCCAUAUGAUGAAAGGGAAAAAUUGGUGCUGAUAGAGAAAGGAAACAACCAUUUUGAGGUUCUGCCUGAAGGGUGGGUUCAAGUAACUCACAAUUCUGGAAUGCCUGUCUAUCUUCACAAAGCAGUCAAGAGUGUGCACAAUGUCAAAACCCUACUUUUAGGGGCAGGGCAGUGUUAGGAAACAUGACAUCCCUUUGAGUGCGGUUCCUUGUCUUCAGUAUCUAAAAGCUCUUAGAGAAGAAUUGCAGAGCAAAGAAGGAAAUGGAGAAGGCACUAGUGAAGAUAAAAGAGACAGUGGAUUGGAUAAAACAACACAUUUAAGUAAGGAUGGAGGAGAUAAUCAUGGAGUAGAAUCAGGAGCAAGCAAUGAUGUGGUAAACAAAACAUUUUCAAGUGUCCUGGGACUAACUCCAUUGGAAGG